ACGCCGCUUCUGGAGUGACUAGUGAGAAGGCGACAAUGGCGGAAGGGAUAACCGAUGCCGCCCAAAAUAUAGACGAACCAGAGGCACAAGUGCCGGAGGACAUGGAUCUUGUGACUGGGUUUCCUGGUGAAUCCAUCGCCACGGAAUCCGCUGCAGUUCUUCCCGACAUGGCCGAUAAGGCGUCGGAGAACGGGGGCGUGAAGAGGGGGAGGGAGGAUGAAGAGGAUGAUGAUGAAGAAGGGGCUACGAAGAAGCCCAAUCUGGAAAGGUCUGUGGAAGAGGAGAGGCUCGAGGAACUGGAGGCCAAGGAGGUGGGUGUAGAGGAUCGAGAAGUGGAGGAGGUGAAAGAGACGGUGGAGGUAGAAGAAGUUAGAAAGGAGGAGACGGAGCCUGCCGCUGUGAAGGUUGGGCCGAAAGUGUUUUGCUCGUCGGUGGAAAUGUUUGAUUACUUUCACAAGUUGCUACAUGACUGGCCUGCCAAUCUUGAUAUCAACAAGUAUGAGCACUUGGCUUUGAUCGAUUUGUUGAAGAAGGGACACGCAGAUGCUGGUAAGAAAAUUGGAGAAGGGGUUCAAGCUUUUCAGGUGCGUUAUCACCCAGCAUGGAAGAGCAGGUGUUUCUUCAUAGUACGCAUUGAUGGAUCAGUGGAUGACUUCAGCUUCAGAAAGUGUGUGGAUCAUAUACUCCCUUUGCCUGAUAAUAUGAAAGUCCCCUUUGCUUCUUCCAAUGGCAAGAAAGCUUGGGGCCAGCAGAAGGUUGGAGGUGGAGGUCAUGGCCGUGGUGGAAGAGGCGGACGUGGUCGUGGAAGUAGAGGAAGGUAGAGAUCUGAAUGCCCUGCAACUCUAUAUUGGAUAUUCUGUCCUUUUAUGUUUAUCACGCUAUUUACUUGGAUUUUGGACAUAUUUGUAUUACUAGUUUUAAACUUCAA